GCUUGGUGUACUCCCCGGACCUGGGUUAGCCCGAGCCCACAGCCAAGCAGCCGAAAGCGCGCGCAUUCUUCCGCCGCUAUGGGGCUGGCUCGGUUGCUGCAGCUCUUUGCCGACCAGGUGCACUUCGACCAGGAGGCCCACAGUCAUGAUGGCCAUGAGUUGGGCUGGCCCAGCCUGUCUCGCAGAGGGCAUGGCGCCAACUCGGAGUUGGAGGCGCUCUGGGCGGUGCCGCGGCCCGCGUCGCGGAAGCUCAGCAGCUUCUUGGUGGACGCCAAGCCUGAGGCCAGCGGGGCCAGCGGGGCCAGCCUCGCCAAACACCACGACAAGGAGGCGGAUGCUGUCACCAAGUCGGAGCCCGGGGUUAGCUUGUACAACCCGGAGAACCGGACAAUCUUCCUAGUGGCAGCACCCAUCACGGUGAUGUUGGCCGCUUUCUUCGAGUACUCUGCGAAGUACCGGUUGGCGGAAACUGACUUGUCAGCACCUCUGCCGAAGGUCAUUGAGGCUGCGGAAAAGGAGGAGGAGGCCUCAAGCCUCAAGAGCGCCAUGAAGGUCCUUGAGCCAUACGUGGCCGGGCCCACCUCUCUGAAAUGCGCCGGCUACGCCGCUGCCCACGUCGCCCUACUGGGGGUGGGUUUGUAUGUGGACCUGGCCUUGACGCAGUGGAAUGGCGUCUUCUGGACGGCCCUGCAGAACCACCAGUCCAAGCAGUUCUACAGCUUGCUGUGGGACUUCGCCAUCAUCACGGGGGUCACCGGCUUCGUGGGCACCUACAGCGACUAUCUCAACGGCAUGUGGCACCUGCAUGCUCGCGACCACCUGACGAGGCACUUCAACCAGCUCUGGGUGGGCAGCGGCGCCAUGUGCAUGAUGCGGCAGUGCGAGGAGCAGGUGGACAACCCGGACCAGCGCAUCGACCAGGACGUGGACGAGUUCGUGUCAUCCACGCGGGAGCUUUUCUUCGGUGGCCUCGGCUCCGUGGUGAGGUUGGCCAUCUACUUCCCCAUUCUCUUGAGAUCCGCUCCUGCACCACUUCUAGGCUUUGUGCUGGUUUGGCCUAUCUUCGGGGCCGUUGUCACGCACAAGAUCGGCCGCAGUCUGAUCCCGCUAUCCUUGGCGGGGGAGUCAGCCAACGCAAACUUCAGAUCCGAGCUGGUGCACGCGCGAGACAAGGCGGAAUCCCUGGCGCUGAUGCAAGCCGGGCCGCACCUCGCGCAGAGCCUCCAAGAGCGCUUCGAGGUGAUGAAGCGGGUGUCCUACGCGGAGUUUGACGUCGCCAAGUUUCUGAACUUCUUCAAGAUGAUGUACGAGGAGUACGGCACCGUAGUGCCCUUCGUCUUGCUGGCGCCCGCCUACUUCACUGGGGCGCUGGACCUGGGAAAACUGAUGCAGCUGCGCAUGAUCGUGGAGCGGGUGUCUCAAAGCUUGACCUUCCCAGUAGCAGCCUACGAGCAGGCUGUAGGCUGGCGUGUGGCCGCCAACCGCCUGGCAGCGCUUCAAGCGCAGGCCGCUGCGGUGGGGCCACCUGGCCCAGGCUCGCCGCCGAACCCGCCGCCCAAUGGCGCGGACGGCUGGGCGCUGCGGGCGGUGGCGCUGGCGGUGAAGACGCCGCAGGGCAGGACCGUGCUGGACAACAUCAACUUGGAGGUGGCUGCGGGAGAGCGCCUUUUGGUGGUGCUGCCGGCCUCUGCUGGGAAGUCCUUGUUGCUGCGAGCGCUGGCUGGACUUUGGAGCCACGUGUCCGGCAGCAUCGAGAAGGACCCGGACGCCACCUUUGUGCAGGGCUUCGAUUUCCCCCCGCUGAGCCUGCGACAGCUGCUGUGCUACCCCCAGGCGCCGCAAGGAGACGUUGAGCUUGCCCUGCACAUGGUCGACUUGGCCCCGCUCCUUGCGAACCAUCCCCCGGACCGCGUGAGCCAGUGGGAGGAGCUGCUGUCGCUGGAGCAGCAGCAGCGCCUGCAGCUGGCGCGUGUGUUGCUCCGGGGCCCACGCCUGGCGGUGUUGGACGAGCCCCUGGCCUCGCUGCCUGACAAGGAUGCCUGCGGCCUUUUGGCGCAGCUGCCGCCGGAGACUUCGCUGCUGACCUUCUCCAGGAGCCGUCGCCUGGCGCCGGCGCACGGCCGAGUGCUGGAGCUGCCGGCGCAGCUGGAGACCUGGACCCAGGUGCCCGCGGAGGAGGAGAAGCGGAAGCCGCUGAGCCGGCCGAGGCGCUUGGCCAAGAAGGCGGCGGAGUGAGAGGCUGCCAACACGCGAUGUGAGACGAUGCCUUUGCCAGCGGGG